CCCUGCGCGGUGAAGAAGCGGCGGCCGCAGAGUGGAGGCAUUUUGUGUCCGUGUUAGCAGCAGUGCGAUAUACAAGAUGGCGGCGGCUGCUGAGUGAAGCAAUAGGGGCGGCCGGGAUCCGGCGGUGCCACCUGCGCUCGGACCCUCAAAGCCUCGCGGUGCCGCCUCCGUGUCUCUGGAGCGGGCAGCGAGUGUAGUGGCGCCCGGCCGGGGAGUGGGGCAGAGCCGCGGAGGAGGACGCCCGCCGCAGGGGCCCGGCCUAAGCUGAGCGGCGGGGACCACAUUCCUCCUCCGCUGCCGACUCCCCGCCUCCGCCCGGGCGGCGCAGAGGCCCCCUAACCUCCUUGUUCCAGCGCGGCACCCCCCACCCCGCUUUUCUCCCGCGCCGGGAGGGCCGCGAGCCGCCCCUCACUAUGGCGAGCAGCAGCGGCUCCAAGGCCGAGUUCAUCGUCGGGGGUAAAUACAAGCUGGUGCGGAAGAUCGGGUCGGGCUCGUUCGGGGACAUCUAUCUGGCCAUCAACAUCACCAACGGGGAGGAAGUGGCGGUGAAGUUGGAGUCUCAGAAGGCCAGGCAUCCUCAGCUGCUGUAUGAGAGCAAACUGUACAAGAUUCUCCAAGGGGGAGUUGGCAUCCCACAUAUAAGGUGGUAUGGUCAAGAGAAGGAUUACAAUGUUCUAGUUAUGGAUCUUCUGGGACCCAGCCUUGAAGACCUCUUCAACUUCUGUUCCCGCAGGUUCACAAUGAAAACAGUACUUAUGUUAGCAGACCAGAUGAUCAGUAGAAUUGAAUAUGUGCAUACAAAGAAUUUUAUACACAGAGACAUUAAACCAGAUAACUUCCUAAUGGGUAUCGGGCGUCACUGUAAUAAGUGUUUAGAAUCUCCAGUGGGGAAGAGGAAAAGAAGCAUGACUGUUAGUACUUCUCAGGACCCAUCUUUCUCAGGAUUAAACCAGUUAUUCCUUAUUGACUUUGGUUUGGCCAAAAAGUACCGGGACAACAGGACAAGGCAACACAUACCAUACAGAGAAGACAAAAAUCUCACUGGCACGGCUCGAUAUGCCAGUAUCAAUGCACAUCUUGGCAUUGAGCAGAGUCGUCGAGAUGAUAUGGAGUCGCUAGGCUAUGUAUUGAUGUAUUUUAACAGAACCAGUCUACCGUGGCAAGGAUUAAAGGCUGCAACAAAGAAGCAAAAGUAUGAAAAGAUUAGUGAAAAGAAGAUGUCAACUCCUGUUGAGGUUUUGUGUAAGGGAUUUCCUGCAGAAUUUGCCAUGUACCUGAACUAUUGUCGUGGCCUGCGCUUUGAAGAGGCACCUGAUUACAUGUAUCUGAGGCAAUUAUUCCGUAUUCUUUUCAGGACCCUGAACCACCAAUAUGACUACACAUUCGACUGGACAAUGUUAAAGCAGAAAGCAGCACAGCAAGCCGCCUCUUCCAGUGGGCAGGGGCAGCAGGCCCAAACCCCCACAGGCAAGCAAACUGACAAAUCCAAGAGUAACAUGAAAGGUUUCUGAGCAUGAAAAGAGGAACAAACGAAGCAGAGCAGAUUGGAGCAAGACUUGUCACUCCCCAAAUCUAGAAAUGUUAGUUCAUACGUACACUUGCCAGUGGUUGUGGGCAACCAUUUACUUGGUGUAAAGAACUUAAUUUCAGUAUAAACUGGCUCUGGGAAGCGCUAGUGAUGCUGCACUUGGAGUUGUAGCAGCCGCUGUAAUUGUGAAUUACUGAGAUAGUGAAACAUGGUGUCCAGUUUUCUAUUACAUUUUUUCAAGUGGAAAAGUUAACUAAAUGGUUGACACAAAAUGGCGGAGAAAAUUGUGCAUAUGCCAAUUUUUGUUACCUUUUUACUUUGAACUACACUGCUUAUGAGAUCUUAUUGUUUUGGAAGAAUGGCAUGAACAGUCUUCUGCAACAGUUGUGAUAAUUGUAAAUGCUCACAAUUGUGCACUCUUUCUGGUUAUUCCUCCCUGGAUUUUGAAAGUUGUACACUUAAAACAUUCUUAAAAUUGUUGGCUUCUAUGUGCAACAUAUCAAGCCAGCUGACAUGGUAGUAACCAAAGAUUCCAGUUUUUAAGCGUAUGAAAGACUCUGCCUGCUUACCUGUGCUAGAACUAACAGCAUCUAAAGUGAAGACUUAAGAGAAACUUAGCGACUACUAGAUAAUCUUUAGGACUCUGCAUUAACUCUAUAAUGUUCUUGGUAUAAAAGGAAAAACAGCAUAUUUGUCACGGAAAUUUAAUUAACAUCUUACAACUGAACUUGUAUGUAAGUUGCUUAGAUAAAUGUAAUCACUGUAAACAUCUAUAUGAUCUGGAAUUUUGUUUUUAUUUUGAAAUGGGAGCUUUUUUGUUUAUAAGUUCAUUAAAAACUAAAAACUUUCUGUAAGGAAAUGAGAUUUUUUUUAAAAAAAAAUUUGCCUUGUUAAUUCAGUCUAAAGAAAUCAACACCACUUCAGUUUUUUAAACUGACAAUUUCAAAGCCCUUUGUUAAGCAAAAGAAGUCAUUUCUUCCUAAAUCAUUUUAGAUUUAGUGUUGUAAUUCUUCCUCACUUUUGUUUUUAAAAACAUUUUGUAUUUUUUUUCCUUGAGGGGGAAGGGCAGAUUUGCAUUUUUUAUAACCUGCUGCAUUGAUACCCAGCCCUCUAUAACAAGAGAUUGACGAAUUUUAAAAAAUCAAAAUGGCAUCUUUUGAAUACCAGUAUUUACUGCCCACAAGCAUUGCCAUUGUCUUGCAUUGGCUGGACUGAUUUGUGAUUAUUAGUUUUGAAAAUUUAGAAUGGAAGUGUUUAGAGGGUUUUAAACCAAGGCAUUUUCUUUCAAGUUCUUGUGAAGUGGAUAUGAUCAAAUUAACUCUUAUUCUUGGACAGCCUCACACUGUGCAGUGUUCACAUCGGUUACUGGGCUGGGCUCUCCUCCUUCUCACUCUUACUUUAGCCCAGCUGAAAGACAGAAGUACUUUUAUUGCUGGUAAUUCUCUAACAGUGUAAUUUAUUCCUUUAUAGCAUGUCAGAAUAAAUUAAAAACAUCUGAAAAUGCUGCCAGA